AUGAGAUAUGACAGAUAUGGUAUGGCAUCUGGCAGAGGCAGAAUGAGAUAUGACAUAUAUGGUAUGGUGUUUGGCAAAGGCAGAAUGAGAAAUGGCAGAUAUGGUAUAGAGUCUGGCAGAGGCAGAAUGAGAAAUGGCAGAUAUGGUAAAGAGUCUGGCAGAGGCAGAAUGAGAUAUGACAGAUAUGGUAUGGCAUUUGGCAGAGGCAGAAUGAGAUAUGACAGAUAUGGUAUGGUGUUUGGCAAAGGCAGAAUGAGAAAUGGCAGAUAUGGUAUAGAGUCUGGCAGAGGCAGAAUGAGAAAUGGCAGAUAUGGUAUCGAGUCUGGCAGAGGCAGAAUGAGAUAUGACAGAUAUGGUAUGGCAUUUGGCAGAGGCAGAAUGAGAUAUGACAGAUAUGGUAUGGUGUUUGGCAAAGGCAGAAUGAGAAAUGGCAGAUAUGGUAUAGAGUCUGGCAGAGGCAGAAUGAGAGAUGGAAGAUAUGGUAUGGCAUCUGGCAGAGGCAGAAUGAGAUAUGACAGAUAUGGUAUGGCAUCUGGCAGAGGCAGAAUGAGAAAUCACAGAUAUGGUAUGGCAUCUGGCAGAGGCAGAAUGAGAGAUGGCAGAUGUGGUAUGGUGUUUGGCAAAGGCAGAAUGAGAAAUGGCAGAUAUGGUAUGGCAUCUGGCAGAGGCAGAAUGAGAGAUGGCAGAUAUGGUAUAGAGUCUGGCAGAGGCAGAAUGAGAAAUGGCAGAUAUGGUAUAGAGUCUGGCAGAGGCAGAAUGAGAUAUGACAGAUAUGGUAUGGCAUUUGGCAGAGGCAGAAUGAGAUAUGACAGAUAUGGUAUGGUGUUUGGCAAAGGCAGAAUGAGAAAUGGCAGAUAUGGUAUAGAGUCUGGCAGAGGCAGAAUGAGAUAUGACAGAUAUGGUAUGGCAUUUGGCAGAGGCAGAAUGAGAUAUGACAGAUAUGGUAUGGUGUUUGGCAAAGGCAGAAUGAGAUAUGACAGAUAUGGUAUGGUGUUUGGCAAAGGCAGAAUGAGAAAUGGCAGAUAUGGUAUAGAGUCUGGCAGAGGCAGAAUGAGAGAUGGCAGUUAUGGUAUGGCGUCUAGCAGAGGCAGAAUGAGAUAUGACAGAUAUGGUAUGGCAUCUGGCAGAGGCAGAAUGAGAUAUGACAGAUAUGGUAUAGAGUCUGGCAGAGGCAGAAUGAGAGAUGGCAGAUAUGGUAUAGAGUCUGGCAGACGCAGAAUGAGAUAUGACAGAUAUGGUAUGGCAUUUGGCAGAGGCAGAAUGAGAUAUGACAGAUAUGGUAUGGCAUUUGGCAGAGGCAGAAUGAGAUAUGACAGAUAUGGUAUGGUGUUUGGCAAAGGCAGAAUGAGAAAUGGCAGAUAUGGUAUAGAGUCUGGCAGAGGCAGAAUGAGAAAUGACAGAUAUGGUAUGGCAUUUGGCAGAGGCAGAAUGAGAUAUGACAGAUAUGGUAUGGUGUUUGGCAAAGGCAGAAUGAGAAAUGGCAGAUAUGGUAUAGAGUCUGGCAGAGGCAGAAUGAGAGAUGGCAGAUAUGGUAUGGCGUCUGGCAGAGGCAGAAUGAGAUAUGACAGAUAUGGUAUGGCAUCUGGCAGAGGCAGAAUGAGAUAUGACAGAUAUGGUAUAGAGUCUGGCAGAGGCAGAAUGAGAGAUGGCAGAUAUGGUAUAGAGUCUGGCAAAGGCAGAAUGAGAAAUGGCAGAUAUGCUAUGGCAUCUGGCAGAGGCAGAAUGAGAGAUGGCAGAUAUGGUAUAGAGUUUGGCAGAGGCAGAAUGAGAUAUGGCAGAGGCAGAAUGAGAUAUGGCAGAGGCAGAAUGAGAUAUGGCAGAGGCAGAAUGAGAUAUGGCAGAGGCAGAAUAAGAUAUGUCAGAGGCAGAAUGAGAUCUGGCAAAAGCAUAAUGAGAGAUGGCAGAUAUGGUAUAGAGUCUGGCAGAGGCAGAAUGAGAAAUGGCAGAUAUGGUAUAGAGUCUGGCAGAGGCAGAAUGAGAUAUGACAGAUAUGGUAUGGCGUCUGGCAGAGGCAGAAUGAGAUAUGGCAGAGGCAGAAUAAGAUAUGUCAGAGGCAGAAUGAGAUCUGGCAAAAGCAUAAUGAGAGAUGGCAGAUUUGGUAUGGAGUCUGGCAGAGGCAGAAUGAGAUAUGGCAGAUAUGGUAUGGGUUAUGCCAGUGUGUGGCACACAGGAAGGAAUUAAGGAACAUAUAUGUAUAUUUUUUCUAAUUAUAUUCUGUAGAAUGGAAAAUGAUAAAUCUGCUCUUUAGGAUCAUGUAACUUCAUGUGAAGUUCACCCAUUGCACCAUGGGAUGAAUAUGAAUUAGCAUUUUAUCUCUGGUUUGUCUUUUCCUGACAGUCAUAGCCUGUGCUGACGUCUGCUAUCCGUAUGACUGCUGCGAUGUGUACUCCCAGGGUUUCCAAUCAGAUGGGGUGUAUUUAAUAUUCCCUGGGGGGACGUAUUCUCAGCCUGUCCAUGUUUACUGUGACAUGACAUCUGCAGGAGGACCAUGGACGGUAAGUGACAGCAGUACUCACCUGAGUGUCUGUCCAUCCAGAUCUAACACUUUAUUAGCAUUUUCGGAAGAUAUAAACAUUAUAACAGUGCUUGCAGUGAUAUAUUAUGGGGGUUCCAGUUCUCUUCUGGGUUAUGUUUUAUAAUUUGAUAGUUGUUGUAUGAUUUUAUGCUUCUUCAGAAAUCAUUGGUGUUCAGAAAGUUAGAUCCAGUCGCUAGGUAGCGGUUAAUGGCUCAGGUUAUUCCCUCAAUUUAGUUUGUUUGAGCCAGAAAUCAUUCCAAUCUGUUAUAAAAAAAAAUGCAAUGAUUUAUCUACAGAAGUCAUGAUUAAGUCCAUGGGAAUUGGAGAUAAAUUAUUUGAAAAGUUUUUCUAACAGACUGGGAUAAUUUCCGAUUCUAAUUCAAUUGAAUUAAACCAAGGCCCUAUGUUGGAUAUGUCUCAAUUGUUCACCAAUAAACAUUUCUGCAAAUAGUGAUUUGUCCACAUGCUCCAUGUUCAUCACUUUAUGCAACUCAUAUAAAUGCAGAACUAGAACAUUUCUGGGUGCUUUGUAUUACGCAAUCACCAUGGAAACCGCCAGAACCAUCUUGCUGCUAAUUAGCUCCAGUUAUACUAAGCAGGGAUUGAUCUGAUCUAUUCUAUUUCGAUUACCCACCAGGUGUUCCAGAAGCGAUUUAAUGGUUCUGUGGACUUUUACCGAGGUUGGGACGAGUAUGAGAAUGGAUUUGGUCGUGCGGAUGGCGAAUAUUGGCUGGGUAAUACACCACUUGUAUUUUUCUGUACUAUGCACAAAUUGCUGGUUUUCAUACAAUUCCUACAAUUAUUCUGAAUACAAAAGGGAUAAACUAUGAUGAAAGAGGAAUAAAACCAUCUCCUCCUACCUUUUUAGGUUUGCGUAACAUUCAGCAGCUCACACAGAGGAGGCCAUACCGUCUUGGCAUUCAGCUGGAGGACUUUGAGAAAAAUACACGUUUUGUGACAUAUGAGUCGUUCUCUCUCUCCCUAUUUGCAAUCUAUCCUGCGGAGCAGAGGUACAAGCUUAACGUUGAUGGAUUUAAGGAGGGGGAUCCAUUAAAUCCUGCAGGUAAGUGACUGAAAAGCUUUGGCCAGCUGUAACCUUUUUUAAAAUGGGGCUAAAAAUAUGGAAAAGACAUAAGGGGUAGAUCUCCUAUUGUCCUUAUAUGCAACUACACAGAUAAAAACAUAAUAUACACAUGACCUCCACCCUCCUUACGAUUUCCAAAAACCUUCCCAAUGUAGCAAGGAGACACUAACAACUGAUUGGAAGAUAAAACCAUUGCUAAUUGUUUUAAUAAACAAUAAUUAAAAUGCAUUCAAUGGUUAACUGAUAAAUAACAUAUUAAGUUGACUUAGGUGGCAGCACUGAGGCCAUAACUAUAUGCCUCAGACCACAAGAGUAUGCGGCUCCCACCUACUCCUGCAGUGGACCCCCAGUGCUUCGCCCAAGCAGAGGCAUAAUGGACCACAGGGGAGAUUGUCGGCACAGCUUCUCACAUAUAUGCUCUGGAAGGCCCCCCCACACCUCCCAAUAACAUGAAGGGGAAACAGCCCAACUGAAACGUGCGGUCAUACCCGUUCUCUGCAUCACCCUGGAGCCACACCCACUUGCAGGAGAGGGAAAUAGAACAAAAGUCUUGCUCAGAAGAGCAGUGGCGUUGGUAGACUAAAGAAACCAACAGCUACCACAGGAGUGGCCAAAAUUUUACCGGGCAGAGUGGCAAGCUCAAUUAAGCAGACUUCGCACCAGGCAACUAACUAAGAAGAGGCGAAACCCAAAAGGAAAGUCUCUGCCAACAAUUCAGGGCAGGGAAACCUGCAGAGGAGAAAGCAAAAAGAGACUUACAGGCUGGUAGGGCCCUUAAAUAAGGUAUGAAGAGGCCUGUAGCGGAACCCCUGCUAAACUGUGAACACCUGCAAUGUGUGUUACUGUACUGACAUCCCUUUUGUGUGUUUCCCCUAGCUUGACCCUGUGUUUCAUUCCUUGUGUUUUGUAGAACUGCCUGCUCCCCGUUCGGCAUACCAGCACGAACGGGACCCCAUUCACCUCCCAAAUGAGGACCACCAUGAAAUCUCAUUUAGAAUGUGGUUUUAGAAUGUUUGCACCUCGUCAUGACGUGUCACCCUGGCUGGUGGCCCAUUUGUUAGACGAACGCCAUCCAGGGGGAUCAUUUGCGGACUGCUUCCCACCUCAUUCGGGAGCUGAAUGGGCCUCCCUGGCACCCAUUAGAAUGUUCACACCAAUCAAUUGGAACUUUGGUAACUCGCAAAAUAGUGUGAAACCACAAAGGAAGUAAUUAAUGAGUGUUGCUCUGGGUGGCCGUCGUUCGUACAGACGAACAUCGGCCAGGGGGAACAUUCACAUCCCGAAAGAGACGCUUCCCUUGCUGGGCUUCACACAGGGACCCCGUGAAUGAAGACUGUUCGUGCCAGUUACUGUUCUGGGGGUCCCUGAGAUUGAUGGGGACAUCCUGUGAGGACAAUGGCAGAGGUUGGCGCUACGACCCCCUAGAUACAGAGAACUCAAGGAAGAAGGGCCCUGGGAGGAGACACUAAGUGGCAAGAACAAGGGACAAAGGGACUGGAGUUCCGUUUCCCCCAGGGGACCCCUGGGAGUGGGAUAGCCCUUGGAGGGGACACUGAGUGGCAGGACAGGGGACAAAGGGACUGGGGUUCUGGUUCCGUUAUACGACCCCCAGGCAGGGGAGGACAUUGUCUUCAUGUGUGGUCCACCCCUUGCAUGGGGAAAGUAUAAAGCCGCAUGUGGCGAAUAAAGAAGUUGUUGUAUCCCCUGGAACUGUUUGUCAUCCAGUUACUGGGAGGGAAAUGGGUCUGUUAAUUUAUUAAUAGCAGAGGUAGCCAGCCAGGUUACCCAGGGUCCGCUACAACUGGGGGCAAGCGGCGGGAUCCUACAUGGGGAAAGAUGGGGAAUAGUUCACCUGGGAUAAGGGGUUAUUGUACCGCAUAGUGGAGAUCAAUUGGUGGCUCCCAGAAAAUAUCAGCAAGAGCUAGUGAAGAUGGCUCAUGAUAUUCCCCUGGCAGGGCAUUUGGGGACGAGCUGUACAAAGCAUCAGCUCACCAAAUGCUUUUUCUGGCCAGGCAUCUCCAAGGAUCUGAGGCAAUACAGCCAGACCUGUGAUGUCUGCCAGAGGAUGUCUGCCAGACAAAGCCCAUACAGAAUCCAAGAGGCCAUAUGGGAGAACAUGAGGAAAGUGAUCCAAGAGAUGCUCCACCUAGGGGUCAUUGAACCGACCAAGAGCCCUUGGGCCUCCCCGGUAGUGCUGGUCCUCAAGCGAGAUGGGACCUCCCAGUUCUGUGUGGACUACUGGAGACUCAAUGAUAAGACGGUCUCCGAUACCUACCCCAUGCCUCGCAUUGAUGAGCUGUUAGAUAAAAUGGCUUGGGGCAGAUACCUCAAAACCAUAGAUCUGUGCAAGUGGUAUCGGCAGACACCCCUGGCCGCAUAGGCUAUCCCUAAGUGAGCCUUCAUCACCCCAUUUGACCUGUAUCAGUUUAGGGUAAUGCCAUUUGGGAUGAAGAACGCCCCGGCUACCUUCCAGAGGAUGGUGGACUAGCUGCUAGAGGGCCUUCAGGAGUAUGCAUGCGCCUAUCUGGAUGAUAUUGCCAUAUUCAGCGAUACCUGGGACUAACAUCUGGCCCAUGUAGGAUCUGUACUAGAUCGGAUCAGGGAGGCAUGGCUGACCGUGAAACCAAGCAAUUGUUACUUCGGGAUGGCCGAGGUACAGUACCUACGACAAAAGGUGGGGUGUGGGGCACAAAAACCUGAACUGGCAAAAGUGGAGGCAGUAGCCAGCUGGCCCUGUAACCUAACCCCAGGUGCUGGCUUUCUUAGGAACUGCAGGGUCACACAGAAUGUUUGUCCCCAAUUACAGCAUCAUAGGUAAGCCCCUCACUGAUCUGACCUGCAAGAAUUUACCCAGACAGGUAGCCUGGAUCCCUGAGUGUGAUCAGGCAUUCCAAGCCCUCAAGGACACCCUGGUAAAUGCCCCUGUACUGGUCGCUCCUAAUCCCAAGAAACGUUUUCUCGUCCACACAGAUGCCUCUAUGUUCUGACUGGGAGCAGUACUAAGCCAGGUCAGGGACGAUGGAGGAGAACACCCAGUAGCUUACCUCAGCACAAAGUUGUUACCCAGGGAGUUGAGCUAUGCCGUCAUCGAGAAGGAGUGACUGGCGGUGGUGUGGGCCCUCAAGCAGCUACGGCCCUAUCUGUAUGGACAGCAAUUUACCCUGCUCAUGGAUCACAACCCAUUGGUAUGGCUUAACCGGGUCUCUAGGGACCAUGCCAGGCUGUUAAGGUAGAGUCUGGCCCUACAACCGUAUGACUUUACCAUCCACUACAGACCUGGCAAGCGGAAAGGCAAUUCUUUCGCAACAAGCGAAACCCCUUGUGUAGCGAAACCCCUGCUAAACUGUGAAUUGCCCCACUUACUCUGCAAUGUGUGUUACUGUACUGACAUCUCUUUCGUGUGUUUACCCUCGUGUGUUUCUUUCCGUUUUGUAGAACUUCCUGCUCCCCGUUCGGGAGUACCACCACGAACAGGACCUCAUUCACCUCCUGAACGGGGACCACCACAAAAUCUCAUUUAGAAUGUGGUUUUAGAAUGUUUGCACCUCAUAAUGACGUGUCAAAAUCACAAAACCGCAAGGGAAGCAUCAGUGCGUGCCGAUCCUGGGUAGCGGCCCGUUCGUUAGACGAACGCCAUCCAGAGUGAGCAUUCCCUGGCAUUCAUUAGAAUGUUUACACCAAUCAGUUGGAACGUUGGCAACUCGCAACAUAGUGUAAAACUGCAAGGGAAGUAAUUAAUGAGUGCUGCUCUGGGUGGCUGCCGUUUGUACAGAUGAACGCCAGCCAAGGGGAGCAUUCACAUCACGAAAGAGACGCUUCACACAGGGACCCAGCAAACAAAGACUGUUCAUGGCAGUUACUUGUAACGGAGCUCCAGUACUCCGACCGAGUACCUCCGCCAAGUUUGCUUCCUUGUAGCUAUCAGGGACCCUGAAACACUUCAGACCCGGACGCCGAGGCUUGACUGAGAUCACUUAGGGCCUUUCCACCCUGGACCAAACACCAGACGACACAUGGUGAAGGUUAAACAGCAACUCCUUUAUGAAUACCGCACACAUAGUUUUAGCCCCCAACAGCCUCAUUUACAUACAAUAGGUUACAUAGAUUACCAUAGUGCAAGGAAGGGUGGGGUCAGACAAUAGCAAGGGCUGAUGGGAGAUUGAGGAGGGACAGAGCAGCUAUAUUAAACUGGUCUGGCAGUGUCCCUGGGACAACGCCCUGCUGGGGAAACAAUAGGACAGGAAAAAGGGGGGAGGGGGAGAUGCACAGACCAGCAAUACAUUCAACAUACCCUGCACAAAUAAUAGGCAUAAUGUGACAAAACACAAAAGGAAUUUGGGAGCCCACCCAUAGUGUCUGUCUUCCAUCCCCAGUGAUGGUGACUACCGUCACAUUACCAUUCUGAAGGUCCCUGAGAUUGGUGGGGACAUCCUGUGGGGACAAUGGCGAACGUUGGCGGGCUCUCUGUCACUGGGAGGUAAAGGAGGCGGGAAGUUUUUCUCACUACGACCCCCCAGAUACAGAGACCUCUGGGAAGAAGACCCCUGAGAGGGGACACUAAGUGGCGGGAACAAGGGACAAAGGGACUUGAGUUCCGUUUCUGUCAGGGAAGUGGGAGGGCCCUGGGAGGGGACAUUGUCUUCAUGUGUGUCCCACCCCUUGCAUGGGGAAACUAUAAAGCUGCAUGUAGCCAAUAAAGUUGUUGUUGUACCCCCUGGAACUGUGUGCCGUCCAGUUACUGGGAGGGAAAUGGGUCUGUUCAUUUAUUAAUAGCGGAGGUAACCAGCCGGUUAACCCAGGGUCCGCUACAAGGCCCCUCCCUCCUGCCACACAAAGUAUCUACUCAGUUGCAGUCCCCUCCAAGGAGACAACCCCUUAAUUGAUGUGCCCACAAGGGGGCCCUCCACUCCUUAAAGCAGUGCAGUCAUGAAAAAAUUGUUGUAAACUUGUAGUUAACUUAGGCUUAUGGUUAUUACCAGAUAUUAGUCACAUUGGUCAAAGUGAUGGAUUUUAUGUACUACAGAAGCUAAAUCACUACCAUAAUUAACCUACAUAAGAAGGUUUGGCCGGAGCUCACUGCCUAGCUGCACAAUAUGGAUCCACAAUCUAACCAAACAGAGCUCAUAAACACAAAGCCACCCUCACCCAAUGGCUACAAGCCCACGGCAUUCCUCCAAGCCUUUCUUUUUACCUGUAGACCAGACUUGAAUAUUUUGAAAGCUGAGCAGGCCAGGAAAGAUCACAACUCCUUCAUCUAAGGACUCAACCCUUCCAACAUCCACUCGUGGUUGUUGUUUUUUGCAAUAUUGUAUCCUAUUGUAACAAUGCAAUGUUUUGUAGACCCAGGACAUACUUGAAAACGAAAGAAAUCUCAAUGUAUACACCAUGGUAAAAUGUUUUAUAAAUAAAAUAGAUCCCCUUUCCGUACCAAUACCUUGUCCUCUACAUACAGGUUCUCUCCUUCUGUUAUUCUUCCCCUUUACUUUAACUGGCCUCCUCUUCCUUGUGUCUGGAUGUUGCUACCUUUGGAUACAUCUACCCCAGCUCCUUGCCUCCAAGCUCUACCUUUCCUCUCAGUAUGUCCACCUUCCCAGGUAUGUUCUUUAUUGGUCUCUGUCUUUGGUCUCCACUACAGCAUUCCCUCUGCUCUCUUCCCUUCACUAUCCCUUCUGUAUUUUUACGUGUAAGGAUUCUGUAAGUGUAGAAUUCUAUUUGUACACUAUAGAUUCCCUCGCUGAACUCUCGGCCUUAUAAGCUGAGUUCCAUCUCUUUGUAAUGGUCGUGAUGCUGAGUAUAUGGGUGUUGUCUCAAACCCGUGCACUCUCAGCAAAACAUAUUCCAGAUUAGAUGGAUGUAAACUUGAUAAUGUGGAAGUGUAAAGGAGGUGGGCAAUGGGUGGCUGAGAGAAGAUUUUGUCAAACUGCUCCAAAAGAGCAUGGAUUGGUUUGAGAAGAAAUAGUGUCUCUUUGAGCUGUAAUAAUACAUUGAGCUGUGAAAGUACACCGAACUGUAAUAAUACAUUGAACUGUAAUAAUACAUUGAACUGUAAUAAUACAAUGAGCUGUAAUAAUACAAUUAGCUGUAAUAGUACACAGAGCUGUACUAAUAAACUGAAGCUGUAAUAACACAAUGAGCUGUAAUAACACAAUGAGCUGUAAUAAUACAAUCAGCUGUAAUAGUAGACUGGGCUUUAGUAAUACAUUGAGCAGUAAUAAUACAAUUAGCUGUAAUAGUACACUGAGGUGUAAGAAUACAUCUUAUGAUAAAUCACUGUGAUUACUAAUUCAUGUUUAUUAAUGGCAGGAAACUCUCUAGAAGCGGCCAACAAUAUGAAUUUCUCCACUUAUGACCGUGAUGGAGACACAUACUCAGGUAACUGUGCUUUGUCCUACCAUGGGGCGUUUUGGUACAAUAGCUGCCAUAAUGCCAAUCUGAAUGGUAAAUACCUAAAUGGUAGCACUUCAGAGUAUGCCACUGGCAUGGUGUGGAACCGAUGGAAAGGUUAUUACUAUUCCCUGAAAAGGAGCGAGAUGAAGAUGGCUUGUGUAUCUCAGUAGCCUUUUCCUAUCAACUGACUGCAAGAACUGUGACAUAUUCUCCGAUCAACUGACUGUGAGAACUGUGACAUAUUCUCCUAUCAACUGACUGCAAGAAUGGUGACAUAUUCUCCAAUCAACUGACUGCAAGAACUGUGACAUAUUCGCCCAUCAACUGACUGCAAGAACUGUGACAUAUUCUCCUAUCAACUGACUGCGAGAACUGUGACAUAUUCUCCCAUCAACUGACUGUGAGAACUGUGACAUAUUCUCCCAUCAACUGACUGAAAGAACUGUGACAUAUUCUCCCAUCAACUGACUGAAAGAACUGUGACAUAUUCUCCCAUCAACUGACUGCAAGAACUGUGACAUAUUCUCCUAUCAACUGACUGCGAGAACUGUGAAAUAUUCUCCCAUCAACUGACUGCGAGAACUGUGACAUAUUCUCCCAUCAACUGACUGCGAGAACUGUGACAUAUUCUCCCAUCAACUGACUGUGAGAACUGUGACAUAUUCUCCCAUCAACUGACUGCGAGAACUGUGACAUAUUCUCCCAUCAACUGACUGCUAGAACGGUGACAUAUUCUCCUAUCAACUGACUGCGAGAACUGUGACAUAUUCUCCUAUCAACUGACUGAAAGAACUGUGAUAUAUUCUCCUAUCAACUGACUGCAACAUCUGAGGACAAUAUUGGGGUAUCCAGAUCAGUAAAGUGAAGCGAGUUUCCAUGGAUGACUCUGGGUUCCAGAAACCAGUGUUUUAUAAUGAUUUCUCCAGAUGCCGCUAUUUGGCAGUAAUUGUUCUAGUUUAUCAUUAAAC